GAUGGCGUUGGGCGUGUUUGAGUCGAGCUGAUCCUCGCAGCUCAGACCUGCAGCACACACCGCACACUCACACACUCACACACACUCACUCACACACACACUCACACACACACUCACUCAUGUGUUAGUGGAACCGGACUCAGGUCAAUGAGGCAGAGCAGCUUUAUAAACGCCAGUGAAAUGCAAACAUGUGAACCGUCGCUCCGCUGCACACAAGACCGACUUCAUGACGACGCUCCCGGUGAUCUGCGUCCAGCUCUCGUGCCCCGGAGACCAGCGAGCGAAAAGUGUCCAGUUCCAGUUUCACGGCUCUCAUCAGGUGUGGCUUUGGUUUCUAGUUCUCAGCUUCCUGAGUCUUUCUUCGUGGGCUGGUGCUGAUGCUGCACUUGCGGAUUUACGGAUGUGCGUGACUAAUCUAAAAAACACCAUUGAGAAAUCCGAUGCGAUGUUGUACUCUCCGUCCAUCGAUGACAUUGAAGAGAACUGUGAAAAUGUGUCGCUCAAAUGUUACAUGUUGGAGUUGAUAAUGGUCCUCAAUGAAGAAGAGGUGAACGACGGUAAUGCAGGUUGCAUCCUUGCGUUCAAUGAACGUCUCGAUUUCCACCCUGGCGGCUGUCCACCAUGUGAAGCCUACUCGCUUCAAAAUAUCACAAUAUUCCUGGAUCGACUAAAUACCUUGUUGGAAAAAGGGACGGCACGGGGGAAUCAGUAAUAUGGUGCAAGUACUAUAAGCUGCAUAUGUGUAUUUGUAUAUAUUGUGUUUUAUAUGAGAAUUGUGUGUUUUUGUUUUGCAUUACGUGUGUGAAAUGUAUGUGAAAACCGUUUGAAUGUAAAGAGCGACAGAGCUGCACUGCAGGUUUUUUUGUACAGAUGAAGUCCUUCCAUCAGUAGCAUGCAGUAGCAGAUUAUAAUGUAUAUAUACAGAAGCUCAUCGCUCAACACUACUGAAUGUAAUAAUAUACAGGAUCCGCCCAAGGAACUCCAAAUCUCCAAUAUCUGUUUACUCAAGUAAAUACUAUCCUACCUU